AUGGCGUCUCCAAUGGUCAAGCAAGCCAUUGUCGAUGCUGCUGCAGCGUACACCAAGCCUGAGGGCAAGGUGUUUGAGUAUGGCACAGCCGGGUUCCGCAUGAAAGCGGAUAUGCUCAAUACUGUUGUUUUCGCAGUCGGGCUUUUGGCUGGGCUUCGCUCGAGAAAGCUAAAUGGCCAGUAUAUUGGCGUUAUGAUCACCGCCAGUCAUAACCCGGCGGAAGACAAUGGCAUUAAGCUUGUGGACCCAAUGGGUGAGAUGCUAGAGGCUGAUUGGGAAAAAUACGCGACCCGAUUGGCAAAUGCACCCCUUGAGGCUUUGGGAGAUGUAUACAACAGCCUUAUCGACGAGAUUGAAGUCAAAAUGGAGAACCCUGCUCGCGUAGUUUUCGCCCGGGAUACUCGUGCUUCAGGCUCCCGUCUUGUGGGCGUGAUUUCUACUGCGCUCAGAGCAUCCGAAGUCGAGUUUGAAGAUUUCAAAUACUUGACCACCCCCCAGCUUCAUUACAUUGUACGCUGCAAGAAUACUCUGGGAACACCGUAUGAAUAUGGCGAACCUACUGAGAAAGGGUAUUACCAGAAACUCAGUGAGGCAUUCAAAAAAGUGAUGAAAGGACGAACCACUAGCGGGCCAGUGACCGUUGACUGCGCUAAUGGCGUCGGAGGCCCUAAACUCAGAGAGCUGAUGAAGUACCUGCCCAGUGCUCAGGAAGGUGGUGUGGAUAUCAACAUUGUUAACGACAAUGUGAUCAAUCCUGAUAGCCUGAAUUAUGAGUGCGGUGCAGAUUUUGUCAAAACGAAACAGCGCGCCCCACCAUCGUCUAAGGCCUCGACCCAUGACCGCUACGCUUCGUUGGAUGGUGAUGCAGAUCGAUUAGUUUACUAUUAUCUUGACACAGGCAAUAUUUUCAAACUUCUUGACGGUGACCGAAUCGCAACGCUCGCGGCCUCGUUCAUUGGAGAGUUAACAAGGAAUGCUGGAAUAGGACACAAACUCAAGAUUGGCGUUGUUCAAACGGCAUAUGCGAACGGCUCAAGUACUGAGUACAUCGAGAAAGUCCUUAAACUCCCAGUUAUUUGCACUCCCACUGGCGUAAAGCAUCUCCAUCAUGCCGCUUUAAGAUUUGAUGUGGGAGUUUAUUUUGAAGCCAACGGACACGGAACCGUAACUUUCUCAGAGCACGCGCUCAAGACCAUCAAAUCCACUGAGCCCCAAUCCCCAGCGCAGCAGUAUGCCUUGGAAAGUCUUAUUGCCCUAACCGAAUUGAUAAAUCAAGCCGUGGGUGACGCACUGUCGGACUUGCUGCUUGUCGAGGUGAUCCUAGCACAUAAAAGCUGGGGCCUCAAGGAAUGGAUAUCAACCUACACUGAUCUCCCAUCACGCCUCGUUCGCAUUGAGGUAGCUGAUAGAUCAAUAUUUAAGACCGUUGAUGCGGAACGGAAGCUUGAAUCGCCAGCUGGUUUGCAAGGACGUAUCGAUGCUCUUCAAUCAAGAUAUAAUAGGGGCCGGAGUUUUGCCCGUGCCAGCGGGACGGAGGAUGCGGUUCGAGUGUAUGCUGAGGCUGCGACUCGAUCUGAGGCUGAUGAUCUGGCUACCCGAGUCGCCAGCUCAGUACAAGAUGCUGGCAAGAUAGCCAAGACUCUGCAAUAG